GGCUUCAGACCGGAAGUGCUUGGAAUGCUGCGUGCUUUGCGUCUUUCUCCAUGGCGCCGGAGUGAAGCUUCUCUCGUGUCUUGUUCUCUAGGACUUUACGCUGCUGCCUUUCCAUGGCGGUGGCGGUGCUUCGGAGCCUGGACGAGCCCCUUCCCCAGGACCUGCCACCGGCCACGGGGUUGCUGGUGGCUCCGGCCAAGGGAGAGUGGGCGACGGCCGGCCCGAGCGGCGUGCUAGUGUUGGCCGUGCGGCCGGCAGGGACUAAGUUGCAGCCGAUACUCUUGUGCGCGGCGCUGCUGGAGGCCGAACCCGCCGCAGCACCAGAGCUGUGGCUGACCCGGGCCUUCCUGAGGCGGCUGGGACUGGUCGCGGGCAGGACCGUGAGGGUCUGGCCGGUGCGGAGGACGCCGCUGCUCGGCUGGGUGCUGUUGGGGGCAGCCGCGGCGGGAGCCGCAGGGCGGGCUCCUCGACCGUGGGCCGGCUCGAGCUCCAGCAUCCUCGUACGGCGCGGGGAGAUCUUGCCUGGCUCGGGGCUACGCGUAUUGGAGAGCCGACCGGCUCUCCAGGGGCUGUUGGGCAUCGGGACUCGCUUGGCUUUGACUGAAUUGCGAAGCGGCGUGGAGAGCCGGCACCAGAGGGACCUGCCGACGCCUCUGGUUUCUGAGUGGGCGCGCGGCGAGGAGCGGCUCGUGAGGGCGGAGCGGGGCCACCCUGCGUUGUGGGGAGGAGACACCGGGGGAAGCCAGUCUCUCUGGGUGACCCCUGGCUGCUUGCACAGCCUGGGUCUCUUCCAAGGGGAAUGGGUGGUACUGUGGAGGCGCGAGGGAGGCUUCCCGAGGAGCGAGGCCCACCACUUGGCGUCUGUGCAAGUUCUCAGGCCGCGGUGGUAUUUCCCGCAUCGAGAAAACGAGGACGGGCAUCACCAAACUACAACUGCGGACGUGUUUCUGAGUAAGAAUGCACUGAUUCCUGCCAGUUUGGCUUUCAACCUCUCCUGCGAUCCUUUGGAAGGGAGCCUCCUGAAAAUACAGAGAUAUGGUGAAGCAGCUGGUGUGCAAGAAAUAAAAGGAAGUCGAUCUUUGUUAUCUGUGCCACCCAUUGCCAAGGAACUACACAUAGAAAUUGUGACCUCACCAACCUACAACACCAGAGGAAUCUAUGAUCAAAUUCUUUCUCGGCACUUUCAAACUCCCAGGCUUGUACAAGAGAAAGAUAUUCUCUGUCUUCCAACUGUCGGGCAUCCUGAGUUCUUAGAAGAAAAUUCAGUUAAGUUUAUUAGAUGGCCAGAGCUCUGCUUCAAGGUGAAAAAGAUAUUACCAGCAGAGGAAAUACAGCCAAGUAUGGGGUACUUAGCUGACAUUCAGAAUACUUCUUUGUUCCUUGUUGGUUCUACGAACAGUGCUAUUCCAUCUUUUCCAUCUCAUAAUGGCUGUAGUUUUUGGAACAGUUUGUCUCCUGCUGGGCUUUGCAGUGCAGUGAAACAGCUCUGUGACAUCCUUGGCCCCCAUUUACACAAUAGGGACACUCUGCUAAAUGGAUCUGGAAGCAUUCUUCUUUCAGGACCCAGCGGUGUGGGGAAAAUGACAGCUGUCAGAGCUGCCUGUAGCCGUCUCAAUCUCCAUUUCUUCAAGGUGGAUUGUGUUGCUUUGUGUGGUGAUACAAGUGGAUCUACAGAAGUAAAACUACACAGUGCCUUCUCACAGGCUGAGCUCUAUAGUCCUUGUGUCCUGCUUAUGAAAGAUGUAGAGCUGCUGGGAAGAGAACGUGAUGGAUUGGGGGAGGACUCCAGGGUCAUUCUUGCAUUAAGGCAACUUCUCUUGGAAAGAGAGACAAAUACUAGUUAUCCAGUGCUGGUGAUAGGCACAACAACCAGGCUUGCAGAUGUCCCUUCAGAUGUGCAGACAGCAUUCCUUCAUGAGAUGAAAAUUGAAGCACCAACUGAAGAGCAGAGGAAAGCCAUUCUUAGUAUGCUAACACAGAAUUUUCCUCUGGGCAAAGAAGUAAGCCUGACCAAGCUAGCCCAGCAGAGUGCGGGCUUUGUUCUAGGAGAUUUCUGUGCUUUACUUUCCCACAGCAGCCGCGCUGCCUGUACAAGGAUGCAGAAUUCAAGCUUCCCAGAAGGACCAAAUGAGGAGGAAGAAUAUGAUUUUUAUGCUGCUGGUUUCCCUCUUCUAGCAGAAGAUUUCAGUAUUGCACUAGAUAAACUGCAUGAUGCUCAUUCACAGGCAGUGGGAGCCCCAAAGAUUCCCUCUGUUUUCUGGCAAGAUAUUGGAGGGCUUCAGAAUGUAAAAAAGGAGAUCCUGGACACCAUUCAGCUUCCACUAGAACACCCAGAACUACUGUCUUUAGGCCUUCACCGCUCUGGCCUUCUGCUCUAUGGUCCUCCUGGAACAGGGAAGACAUUGCUAGCUAAAGCAGUAGCAACAGAGUGCACCAUGACUUUCCUCAGUGUAAAGGGUCCUGAACUUAUUAGCAUGUAUGUUGGGCAGAGUGAAGAGAAUGUCCGUGAAGUGUUUGCCAGAGCUAGGGCAGCUGCUCCCUGCAUUAUCUUUUUUGAUGAGCUUGAUUCAUUGGCCCCCAAUCGCGGACGAAGUGGGGAUUCAGGGGGUGUGAUGGACAGAGUUGUAUCUCAAUUACUAGCAGAGCUGGAUGGGCUUCAUUCUUCUCGAGAUGUAUUUGUUAUUGGAGCUACAAACAGACCUGAUCUGCUGGAUUCAGCUUUACUCCGGCCAGGCAGAUUUGAUAAGUUGGUUUAUGUCGGUAUAAAUGAAGACCGAGAUUCUCAGCUGCAAGUACUGAGUGCCAUCACCAGAAAGUUUAAGAUGGACCCAUCAGUGAGUCUCCUUAGCAUCCUAAACAAAUGCCCUGCACAGUUAACAGGAGCAGACUUGUAUGCGCUCUGCUCAGACGCCAUGAUGUUUGCUAUCAGAAGAAAAGUGGAAUGGAUAGAAGAAGGUCUGGAUACAGAAAGAUCAGAAUUCACUCUUACCAUGGAUGAUUUUAUACAAGCCGCAACAAGGUUACAGCCUUCUGUUUCUGAAAUGGAGCUGCAUAGAUACAAUUGAUUCAGCAGAAGUUUGCUGCUUGAUUUGAAAUAAACAUGACCGAGAAAGAAAUGUCCCUAUAACCCCAAAAAUGCAGAAUAAAAGUUGGCAUGAGAACAUUGUUUCUGCUGAAGAAAUAACAAUGAUUUGGUUACCAUCUGGUGGAUUCAGAUGAGUUAGAGAAAUGAGUUGUAGCCAUGGAACUGAGACUGAUGUUCAGCUGCAUAGGUUGUGUUGCAAAUCAAUCCUCAUUCAUGCUUGGGCCAUUUCUUAUAUAAGAUGGUCAACAUCAGACAGGAAAUCUUGGGACACUAAUAACCUGAGCCCUUGAAUUCUGAAGGAAAUGGCUGUAAGUAUUCAAAGAUAUCUAAAUAAAGACUGAAUUGCUUUA